UCCCUUCUCCCUUUGCUCCUGCGCUUGGCAGCUCGUCCCCUACAAGAUAGGCUGCCCUGCUUGGUCCAUCUCAGUCCCUGUCAAUUCUUUAUAUGCUAGCCCUCCUGUCUCCAAAGCCUGACCUCCCAGUCAUUCUGCUCUCAACAAUCAUCUUUUAUAUCCCCACCCUGUCCCUGAGCAAACUCUUGGUGGAAAUAGAGGUAGAGGAUUGUCCAUCCUUGAUUUAAUACAAUGCUUACGUAUAUUCUGAGCUUCCUGCCUCUGUCAGAUCAGAAAGAGGCCUCCCUCGUGAGUCGGACUUGGUACUGUGCAGCUCAGAAUGCGCUUCGGGAGAUAAAUGUGCGGUACAACAUCCCUGUGUCCUCUGCCUCCCUCUCGGCCAUCAAGAGCCUGGGCCUCAGGGGCAUCUCCUGCAUUGGCCUCAUCAACCUGGAUGGUUCACCAGCUUCACAGCAGGUGCUGCAGUCUGUUGCCCACUAUCUAGGCCCACACCUGCAGAGCUUGUGCCUGGGCGGAGGCAGCCCCACAGAGGCCUCCUUCGUGGCCCUGAUCCUGGGCUGCCCAGCCCUGCGGAUCCUUGACCUCAGUGGCUGCAACAGCCUCUUCACAUCGGGCAUGCUACUGGCUCAUCCUGAGACAGCACAGAGUGUCCAAAAGGCUCUGAGUGGCCUCCGUGAGCUCAACCUGGCUGGCUUGCGGGACCUGUCCGACCCCAGCUUCAACCAGCUCAGCAGCUGUGCUCCCAGCUUGGAGCGUCUCUCCUUGGCGUACUGCCACCUCACCUUUGAGCCAGGCCUGGCCCGGGGCUUCACUGGCUCCCAGUACUGCCCCGCCAAACUCUCUUUCCGCAACCUGCUACGAUUCGUGAAGGAGCGGGCUGGCAGGCUGCAUGCCCUGGACCUGGGAGGCACUGGCUUGCCACCUGAGGCCCUGAAAGCCCUGGGCCAAGUUGCCGGGUUGCAGCUGCAGGAACUGAGCCUGCACAGCUGUAGAGACCUCUCCACAGAGGCAGUGACCACCUUGUGCCGCCAGCAACCAGGCCUUACCUCCCUGGACCUCAGUGGCUGUUCAGAACUGACUGAUGGGGCGCUCUUGGCUGUGAGCCGGGGCCUGCGGCACCUGCGGCGCCUGUGCGUGGGGAAGCUUCAACGCCUGACAGACGCAGGAUGUACAGCUCUGGGGGCCCUACGGCAGUUGCAGAGCCUGGACAUGGCCGAGUGCUGUCUGCUGAGCGGGCGGGAGUUAGCCCGGGCCCUGGGCCCUCUGCAUGGAGCGCCACCCACCCUGGCCUCCCUCAGGCUGGCCUACUGCUCUUCACUGAAGGAUGCCUCAGUGUUCUCCAUGAUCCCAGUGCUGGGCCAGAGCCUCAGGGUACUUGACUUGUCCUCCUGUGUGGCCCUCACCAACCAGACCGUACAGGCCAUCUGCACCUACCUCACCCACCUCUCAGUCUUGCGCCUGGCUUGGUGCAAGGAACUCUGCGACUGGGGGCUUUUGGGGCUCAGAGAACCAAGUGAGGAGCCCACGCACAUGCCCCAGGUGCAAGACUCUCAAGGUUGGGGUGGAGAUGGGGUGGCCCCUGUCACAGUUGCCCUCCUGAGUCUUUCUCAAGGAGCACUGGAGAGGAAACUCAGGAAGAACCUGAGCAGCAGGAGCUUCUGCCUACAGCCACGUCCAGAGCUGGAGCACCAGGACUCAGGCCCCAAGGAAUCCUCUCUACAGCCACAGGGCCCCUCCCUGCUCGUGCUGCAGGCCCUGCAGGAGUUGGACCUCACAGCCUGCAGCAAGCUGACCGAUGCCAGUUUGGCCAAGGUGCUCCAGUUCCCCCAGCUGAGGCAACUCUCCCUGAGCCUGUUGCCAGCACUCACAGACCUGGGCCUGGUGGCUGUGGCCAGGGGCUGCCCCAGCCUAGAGCGCCUAGCGCUGAGUCACUGUGGCCGCCUCAGCGAUGAGGGCUGGGCCCAGGCAGCCGGGUCCUGGCCAAGGCUGCAGCACCUCAACCUGUCCAGCUGCAGUCAGCUCACAGAGCAAACACUGGAUACCAUUGGGCAGGAGUGCAAGCAGCUUCGGGUGUUGGAUGUGGCCAUGUGCCCCCGCAUCAACAUGGCCGCCAUCAGGCGCUUCCGAGACCGACUGCCAGAGGUGACCUGUGUCCAGUCCCGCUUUGUGGGAGGGGCAGACCUGACCCUAACACUCUGAGGUCAAGUCAAUAACCAGCCGUGGCUCAGCCUCCUUUACCCUACUGUCCCCAGCCCUGGCUUCUUGACCUAGAGUUUGACUCAGUACCUCUUGCCUCCUGCUGCUGCUGCUGCUGCAGACCCUUUGACCAGGACCAGGGGUGGGACAAAUCCAGGGCCUCCCCGGGAACUUCCUGCUCUAGUCUGCCCACAGCCCAGAAGCAUCUUCCUUCUAGCUGCGUCUCACAGCCUCAGGUCCCUGGAAGUGCCAGCUAUGUCGCUGCUUCAGGCCUCUGCACUCCUAGCCCUGUUUGCCUCGUUUGGGAGCCCAGGCCCACGGUGGGCUUAGUCUGGUAAUGGGGAGGAGCACAGCCGUGCCUCUCGCCUGCCCAAAUGUCAGACCUCAGGCCUGCGCACUGCCCGGUUCCUGUAGGCACUUUCCCAGCCCCUCGUAAGCAAUGAACUUUAGCAGUCAAGCUUUAGUCUUUUGUAAAACCAGGCAAGAUUAAAAAUUUCAGACCUUACUUCCUUGUCUGAAGAUC